AUGCGCCAGACGAAGCCUGCACCAAGGCACCGGAACCAAAAGACGGUGGACGAUUUAGAGUUGUACCCUCGUUUCCACAAGCGCGGCGAACCAUCUGGGGAAUCGAAUCCAAUCGAGUGUCCCAAAGAACUCUUCAGCAAGAUCUGGGCUGGUCGACACUUCAGCCCUUUGGAUCCCGCCCUAGUCGGGGUGGAAAGCCCGCUUCCAAGGUGCCAUUGCGUCUUUUUGCUCUCUGGCUGUUGGUCCGUUGCUGCCCGGGGGCCGAUCACGAGCUGGCUUGUCAGCAAACAUGGGACGAUAUCGAAAGACAUGUGCUGGAUGUGGUCCGACAUCAGGAUACUCUAA